UCAGUUCGGGUGUAUAUAUAUAUGUAUAUCCUUGCAUACUACCUUGCUGGCAGUUUCAAUAUCUUUUGUCCAUUAGAAGCUAGACCUCAGUCGGUAUAUAAUUCAAGACUGCAUCCCGGCGCUUUAUCGGUUUACUCGCUGUUCUUGGUCUCGUAAGUUAUUCAUAAGUUUGGAACAUGAAAUUGUAUGGAGUACCCGGAUCGAUAUGCACAACACGUGUGUUGGUCACGGCAGCCGAAAAGGGACUGGAUAAAACUCAACUGCAACAUAUACCAGUAGAUAUAUCUGCUGGUGAUCAAAAGAAACCGCAGUAUCUGGCCAUACAGCCGUUUGGGCAGGUUCCAGCACUUCAAGAUGGUGACCUCACUUUGUUCGAGUCCCGAGCAGUUAUUAGAUACCUUGCAGACAAGUAUGAGGGCCAAGGAACUCCGCUCUAUGGAUCUUCUAACAGAGACCGAGCUCUGGUCGAGCAGUGGCUGGAGGUCGAGAGUCAUAAUUUUAAUCCACACAUUUCGAUUGUUUUGAAUGAACUGGUCUUCACAAUGUCCAGAGGUGAAGAUCCUGAUACCAAGCUGGUGACGACCCAUUACGAAAGGCUGGACAGAGUUUUAGAUGUUUAUGAAGCACACCUUUCCAGACAAAAGUACCUAGCUGGAGAUUUCUUCAGCUUAGCUGAUCUUUCACAUCUUCCUACAAUCUUCUACCUGAUUAGGGUGGCAAAGAAACCUAACGUUAUUUUUCGUAGACCACACGUCCUGACAUGGUGGCAGUUGAUUUCAAAUCGGCCAGCUUGGAAAGCAAUUGCACCUUCUAUCAUGACGGUUACAAAACAGCCCAAAACUGCCAGUACUAGUGCUUGACGAUAUCGACGUACAAAUUUAUAGCUUAUUGAUAUCUUAAUCACUACUUCAUGUGUAUUUCAUGUAUACAUUGAUCGAAAAUAGAACUCCAACCUCAAGAGAGUGUGUAAUGUUAAGAGUCAGAAAGUGCAGUAGUGAGAAAUGGACCAGAACCUUUAUAAUUUGUCGACAAAAUCUUUUGAUCC